AAAUAUAAAAAGCCAUGAACUAUUACUUACAAGCAAUAAUAAUUGCAAUUCUAGCAGAUAAUAGUCAUAUCACAAUUACUUGUUUUCGUCAAAACAAAAUACAUGUCGAUAUUUAUUAUGAAUCACUGUGUCCAUACAGUGCAUUAUUCAUAACUAAGCAAUUUAUUCCUGUAUAUCAAUAUUUGCAAGAUUUAAUUACAGUUACUUUUAUUCCUUUUGGAAAAGCGACAGCGAUUGGAUAUCCAAUAAAAUUUAUGUGUCAGCAUGGUCCAUCUGAGUGCAUUGGAAAUCAGGCACAAGCUUGUGCUUUAACAGAAAUCAUACAUAAUUUUAAAAGUAAUGUUCAACAAAAUAAUGCAGUAAAAAUUGUAGGUUGUGUAAUGGCUAGCAGAAAUCCUUCUGUUGCAGUACUCAAAUGUGUGAAAAACUUAGGUUUAGAAGCUAAUUCGAUUCAAAAGAUUAAAAUCUGUAAGAAUACUAAUAUUGGUAAAGAACUUCUUGUAACUUAUGGAAGGAAAACAGCAGCUUUUGAAUCACCUCUUUUAUCGGUUCCUUCCAUCGUUAUUAAUGGGGCUAAAAAUAAAAACGCCGUUUCCAAUUUUAUCGGAGAAAUUUGCGACUUAAUUUCUAAAGAUAAAAAACCAAAGCCUUGUCAAAAUUAAAAAAAUGGUUAACGUAUUAAGAAUUUUAU